UGCUGUGUAUAUUUAUAGCUAGCUAUGGAAGUUAGUGAAUAAUAUUAAUGGCCGGUAUAAUGCACAAACCUUCUGAAUCUAGCCAGUCGAGCAGGAAUGAUAGUUUCUGACUAAAAUGCUAGCUAGCUAAACAGAUUUCACUUUACUCAACUAGCUAGCUAGCUAGCUGGUACUGUUAGCUUGCUAGCUAGCUAAGUAGCUAGCUAGCUAACAAGCUAUCCAUGCAGCAAGUACCCUUAGCUAGCUACAUUGUGAACUGGUGUUAUAACGUCGCUAGCAAUCUUUGGCGCUAUGAAAGUGUGAUCUGUAUACCUGUAAGGUAACUCAAACAACCCUGCAUCCAGAGAGGCCACUCACACUGAAGUACUGUCACCUCCCUGACAUGGACUGCGUUGUGACAGGGGGCAACGUGAAAGUGCUGGCCAAGGCCAUCCACUCUCUGUCCAGGAUAGGUGAUGAGUUGUACCUGGAGCCACAGGAGAAUGGGCUGGCUCUGCGUUCUGUGAACUCGUCCCGCUCAGCCUACGCAUGCUUCCUUUUCUCCCCACUCUUCUUCAGCAGGUACACCAUUCCCUGUGGACAUGCUUUUCGCUGCAAGAUGGCCAUCAAGUGUGUGCAGGCUGUGUUCAGGUCCCUGUCGUCUCUGGAGAAGACAGUAGAGAAGUGUCACAUUGAACUGGAUGGAGAGAAGAGUCGUCUCACCUUCACCCUGCACUGCAAACAUGGGCUGCUGAAGACACACAACCUGUCAUUCCAGGACAGUGAGAGUCUGCAGGCCGUGUUUGAUAAAGAGAGCUGUGCCAACAUGCUUCGCGCCCAGCCCAGGUUGCUGGUUGACACAGUGCUGCAUUUCCCUCCCUCUCUGGAAGAGGUGAGUGUGUCAGUGAGUGGAGAACGAGUGUGGUUCAGGAACCAUGUAGAUGACGAGGCAGAGCAAUCCAAAGCCAUGCUGACUGAACUGUGUCUGAGUUCUGAUGAGUUUGACCACUUUGCUGUCGGAGCUCAGACCAGCAUCACAUUCUGCCUAAAGGAGCUGAGGGGCUUGCUGGUGUUUGCAGAAUCCACAGGUCUUCCUGUCUCUGUGUAUUUUGAUGAGCCAGGCAGACCCUUGGUGUUAAGUGUAACAGACAGUGUUCUGGAGGUGAACUUCGUGCUUGCCACUCUGUCUGAUGAUUCCAACCUCCGUAACCAUAACAACAAUAAUACAAAACAAGCUCGCUCGCCGCCACCUCCUGACGACUUUAUGAACGACGACAUUGACUCCUACCUCAUUGCCAUGGAGACCAGUGAAUUAGCAGGUCCCUCCGAUGCCCCUGCACCCCGGUCCCCCUCGCCCAAUCACACACUUACAACUCAGCCAUCUGUAGCCAUACACAGGCGCAGGCUAGAGAGCGGAGAGGAGGAGGAGGAGGAAGAGACCGAGGACACUGAAAGACCUCCAAAUAAAAAGUUCCGCUCGCUGUUUUUCGGGUCAGUCUGUCCCUCUGAUUCUCAACUGACCAAUCAGACGAUCAAGAGCCAAGAAGUGUUGGCCAGUGACAGCGACGACGACACCCAAGCAUCAUUGCCAUGACCUGGGGUGGUGGAGUUGAAGCCACGUGUGUUUGUGUGUGUAUGUGUUUGGGAGACUGUUUGUUAAACCUACUUAUAGAAUCCCUGCGAGGAGAUAUUUAAAGAGAUUAAAAAAGGUCUGGAUCUAAUCUGAAGACUGUACUAAUCACAUUGGAUGCAGACUUAACCUUGUAAUAAUUUUUUUGAAUCUGGAUUUAAAGUAUGCAGACCUUUCUAGUUCUAAUGACCGUUGCAGCUUUGAGAAGAAAGUCUGCACUCAGUAGAUUCUCUGAGGGACAGUGACGGGACAUUCAGCCUUUUUAUUGGACCAUGAUGAUGAUAUCACACUGGGGAUUCUGGAAUUAUGAGGAAAUGGACAACAAGCACUUCCUGUUUAUGUCGAUGAUCAAUGUACACAAGCCCUAGAAUAAAAAAACAAACAUUUUUUCCUCAGUUUGAAAAUAUAAAUUGUUUUAUUUACAUUUUUAAUUUUUUAAGUCUACACUUGGAUGAGAUGUUUUAUGGGUCAUUUUUGUGGUUUGUAAAAACUUAGUAUGUCGAUUUCUUUCCUUGCUUAUUAAAAGUAUGUCUCCAUA